CAGGAGGAGGUUUUCGAGCAGCUCGGGGCGGUAAUUAAGCCGCUGUUCCAGAGAUGGAGAGGAGACGAGCACGCCCGCCGCCGCCGCCGCUGCUGCUGCUACUGCUGCUGCUGCUGCUGUUCGUCCUUGGCGAGGCAAGCUCGGAGCUGUUAGAUUCGGAGUUCCAGCCGACGGUGACAGCGUCGUGCUUGCCAGGCACCAUGAACAUCCGCGUGAACUUCAAUCACAGCUUCGUCGGGGCCUUGCAUUCGCGCGGCCACGGCAAGGACUUUCGCAAGCCACCCUGCAUGGUUGGCGGCAACGGCUCCAGCAGCAUCACCCUCAGCGUUGACCUGUUCGCAAUGCCCGAGUCGCCCGAGUACUGUGGAAUCGUUGUGAAUAACCGCACGGACGAGCGUUCGCUCUCGAUAGCGGUGAGGAUACACAAGACCCUCGAGCUGGCCGAGGACAAGUUUUACGUAAUCACGUGUGGCAACACCAAGUACAGGAAUGCCAGGAACGAGACGUCGCUGGUGUCCUUGAGGCUGCUCGAGGGCGGGCGCCGAGUGCAGGAGGCCAUUUUCGGACACAACUACACCCUGCGUGCCGAGAUCUCGCCGCUCGACGGUACUUACGGCUUCAAAGUGAAAUCAUGCCUCGGCUUCGAUACCGACAACCACAACGUGUCCAUCAUUGACGAGCGAGGGUGUCCCGACAAAGCGAUGUUCAUAUCCAAGUUCGCGUACGACCGAGGCGCGGGCACCGCCGAGGCGACGCUCUCCGCGUUCCGCUUCUCCGAGGAGCAGAAGCAGCUGCACCUCCAGUGCGAGAUAGUCCUCUGCAAAGAGAGCUGCGGCGAGCCGCUCUGCGACAACGACGAGAACGCCGUCGCGCUGAAAGGCAGCGGCAAGGGGCAGUCGACCAGAGAGGAGGAGGCCACGCUGCACGCCGGAACCAGCGUGUUUGUUCUGAAACCCGGUGAUAUGCCCAUGUUGUCGCCAUUAUGCGAGGACGGUGGAAUCCACCCGAGCUGGUUAUUAUGGCUGGCAAUAGCUCUGGGUAUAUUGCUACUGAUAAUGUUCAUAAUCAACGUGUUCCUGUGUUCGGCAAUGACGUGCAGCUGCGCGCGCACGGAAAUCAUCGAAAAGGAGCCGUCGAUCAUCGAGGAUUAUGAUCCAUAUCGUAGCUGGCACGGCUCCCAAUACGGCUCGAGGUACUCGCUGAACGGGAAGCCGCACGUGAACGCGGGCUACACAUCGGGCGGCUCCACGAUGAACUCGACGCGCUCGAUCUCGACGAACAGCGAUCAUUACGCGAUAGUACACUCGCGACCUGGCAGCCGGUAUUCCGGACCGGCGCACCAGCGCCAUCACCAUCAUCGAGGCCCGUCGUCGAACAUCGGCUCGCACUACUCCGCCAAGUGAUUCGUUCGCGCGGACGUGCCUGUGCUUCGAGUGUGCUGCGUCUGCGUCUGCGUCUGCGUCUGCGUCUGCGUCUGCGUCUUCGUCUUCGUCUUCGUCUUCGUCUUCGUCUUCGUCUUCGUCUUCGUCUUCGUCUUUCAGAGCACGACUUUUCAUGUAUGUGCGUGCGUGUGCGUGUAUCUGUGUGCGUUCAAGAUGCCGUGCUCUGUUUUGUAAAUUAAGUUCACGUAGAAUUUAAGGAGAAAAGCAGCAUACUGUACUACGAUCAUAUAGCUAAUGAAUUAAUUAAUUGUAACUGCCGAUUCGCCAUUUCGUUCGUGGGAACUGCCCGUAAUAAAUCAUCGCUUUCUUCCUUCAAUUGGCCAAGUUUUCCCAAACUCGAUUGUUCAUCUAUCAACGAUGCGAAAGCUAUAAUUAUAAAAACUGUUGAGAAUGAAGAGCUUAUAGUUAUUACAUAGUAUUUUAUGGGGUGUUAAAAGAGAUGCAGUCGCAGCAUGAGUCAAAAUAAUUAUUAAUCGAGUGUAUAUUGCGGAGAGUAGGUGUGACGCCGUUCACACACUCAACUACUAGCAUUAUUAGGUCUUAAGCGUUAUCACAAUAUGCAGUGCCUCAGUACACCUAAAUAAUCCUCUGCUUUAUCCUCAUUCAGCCGCAUAUAUAUUAAAAUUGUGGCCUAAAUUAAACAAAAAAUGGCCUUUUACCUUCCCGACAAUCGACCUCAGGUUAUUCACUCGAAUCCCAGCAACGGACUAAUGAUACUGAUGAUUUCCAGUAUUCCAAACGGACCACGUUCGAGCAAACCUUAACUAUCAAUUACGUUUGUUUCCAGACCUUUAAUCGCAGACUCGCGUGUAAUAUCCAUAUGCAGACGCGAGAAACUGUUCGGUAACGCGCAAUACGGCGCGAGCAUGCGAUUUGUCAAUGUGCGCUUCAACUCGCAAUGAAGAAACGAACGAUGUUUUCGCGUGCGCGUUCGCGCGUAACCCUUUUAAGUUUUCAAGCACACCUACUUAUUACAUGCGGUGAAAUUACUCCAGCGCAAUUCAUUUCCUGACGCAGUUCAUUAUUACGAUUGCGCUGCGUGUAUUUCUUUAUUUAUCUUUGCAUAUAGCCCCUACGUAUACUGUAUAAAUUUACGUCCGCACAACUUUUAACUAAUCUUUAUAUGUUCUUUUUCUUUUAUAUGGAAUAUCAUUUUCGUCGCAAGAGGACAGUGUCGGUGUAUGAAAAUUUGGUUUCGAAUGGCACCAGCGAUACGAACUAACUUUUUUCUUUCUAAUAGUAAGCGUAUUUGUUAUAAAGUUAGCAUUUACGCGAUGGGAUAUCUCUUGCGUCGCAGGUGGUGCAAUACGUUUUUUUACAUUGUCGCAAGUGGAAUUUAAAAAAAAAAGUGUAACAAUGUAACGCUUUAGUGAAUAAUAGAUAAUAGACUGAAUUUUUAAAUGACGAGUUAUUGUAUAAAAUAUUUAAAAAAAAAAAGAAAUCUUGUACAUUAAUGUGUAACAAACGAUUCAUUUUAUGAAAAUACAUCUUUAAACACUGACUGUGGAAAUUUAUUU